CGGUGAUAACAAACUCUAAUAUAAACACCUUGAUAUUGCACCACAAUUAUAGAUCUACAUAUACAUCCUAGAAUUUGGCCUCCUAGCUACUCGGGCCUACCCUCCAGUCAUCAUGAACUUCAGUGUUGCCUUUCUUCGAUCCACUGCUCCCAGAUUCAGCAGAUCACUUGCAACUGUGUCCCAUCCUCCCCGCAGCUCCGCACCAAUAAGACAUGACUGGACGCGACAAGAAAUCCAAAAGAUCUACGACAGUCCUCUGUUAGACCUUGUCUUCCGCGCAAGCAGCAUCCAUCGUCAGAAUCAUGACCCUAGCAAAAUCCAGCUAUGCACACUUAUGAACAUCAAGACCGGUGGAUGCUCUGAGGACUGCUCAUACUGUUCUCAGUCAUCGAGAUAUUCCACUCCGACCACGGCUUCGCGAUUGCUUGAUAUUGAACCUGUCAUCCAAGCAGCGCGAAAGGCCAAAGAGAAUGGAAGCACGAGGUUUUGCAUGGGCGCAGCAUGGAGAGACCUCGCAGGACGCAAGAGAGGGUUUGAAAGGAUCCUUCAAAUGGUCCGAGAGGUCCGGGGUAUGGGGAUGGAAGUGUGCACGACUCUUGGCAUGCUCACUCCAGAGCAAGCAAAACAAUUGAAAGAGGCCGGCCUCACUGCAUACAAUCAUAAUCUUGAUACGUCGCGUGAAUUUUACCCGCAGGUCAUCACGACGCGGUCAUACGACGAGCGCCUGGGUACGAUUAGCGCAGUUCGAGAUGCUGGAAUAAGCGUCUGCUCUGGCGGUAUAUUAGGUCUUGGAGAGUCAGAUGCGGAUCGCAUCGGCUUGAUCCAGGAAGUUGCCAAUAUGCCGGAACAUCCUGAAUCCUUCCCUGUGAAUGCACUCGUACCUAUACCAGGCACUCCGCUCGAAGGAAAUGAACGGGUCCCUCAUCAUAUUUUGCUGCGGACCAUUGCCACCGCGCGUGUUGUCCUUCCAGGAACAAUAAUCAGACUUGCAGCGGGGAGAAACACGCUCAGUGAAUCUGAGCAGGCCAUGUGUUUCAUGGCCGGCGCCAAUGCCGUAUUCACUGGGGAACAGAUGCUGACCACUCCAUGUUCUCCGUGGGACGAGGACAAGGCAAUGAUGGGUAGGUGGGGUCUAGAAGGAAUGCAAAGCUUUGAACAAGCCAGCGUCGCAAGAAAGGAAGGUGCUGCACUAGGACCACAAAAUCCGAGGACAGUCUCAGAGUUGCAAGCAGAAUCGUCCUAGAAUUCCUGCCAUCUGUUACGAGAUACAAGCAAGGGGCAUCCUUUCGCUAUGUCAGUAGGCUGGCGAAUUGUGUAUGUAUGUGCAUCUGCAUUUUUUGUAACCACUGGCGUGCGCCUGCGGCCUCAUCUGCCAGUGCGAGCAUCAGAUAAAUAUCAACCGUUCGAAACUCACUUCAUGUACAACUGACUUCAUUUGA